CAAGACUUCUCAUAUCUCUGCAUUUUUGCGAAACAGUUAUCUAGAAAAUGCAAUUCUUACAAAACCCGCACUGAUUAAUUUGCAAAAAAAAGAAAGAAAAAAAUGGUAGACUCUUUUGCAAAUGUGUUUCUCGAAACCCUUAGCGAUUUGAUGGUUGAAGAAAUCGAGCAUUUGGUUGGUGCGAGGGAUGAAGUGGAGCAAGCAAAGAGAGAUCUGAAAACAAUUCAUGGGUUGUUGAUGAAAGCCGACGAAGAGAGAAAUUCUCCAACACUAAAGGAUCACGUCGCCCAGCUCAAAGAUCUAGCUUUCAAAGCCGAGAAUGUUCUAGAAACAUAUGCCGUGAGAGUCGCAUUCAACAACGAGGAGAAGUUGGAGAGGUACAUUUGCAUAUUGCGCGAGUGCUACAGCGCCCACGAGGUCAGGAACGAUAGUCGGGACAUAAUAUCCCGACUAUCUUUCCUCACCAGAAGCUUAGAGUCAGAGUUGGGAGAAGAGAUCUCAUCGAGACAAAUGCUUGCUCAUCGCGAGGUGGAGCGUGAUCAUUUCGUGGGGAUGCAGAGAGACAUCGAGAUGUUGGCCUCGAUGGUGAAGGACGAAACACGUGUCGUGAAGAUAUACGGGAUGGGCGGCCUCGGGAAGACUACUCUUGCCAGAAAGAUUUACGAGCACCGAGACCUCCGAGGUUAUGCUCGAGCGUGGGUGUGCAUAACUCGACGGUUUCGAGCUAAGGCCGUGUUUGGCGAGAUAUUGAGGCAACUUGAGGGCUGGGAAUUUAUCGAUAAUAGCAAGAGCGGUGAUGAGUUGGUGAGAGGAAUUUAUAGAUUUUUGAAGGAGAGGAAAGGUCUGAUUGUGAUAGAUGAUAUCUGGGAAAAUUAUCAUUGGGAUAUCAUCAAGAAGGCUUUGCCGAUGGAUUCAUGUAGUGUGUUGCUCACCACUCGUGAUUCUGAGAGUGUAUCUGAUCAAGAAUCUGAUAUUCAUCCUUACAAGUUGGGAUUUUUGAGAGAAGAUGAAGGGUGGGAAUUACUUCGGAAAAUAGCACUUCCCCAAGAUUUUGGUGCAGGUGAAACAUUGGAAGGUAUUGGAAGAGAAAUUGUAGUAAAAUGUGGCUGCUUACCACUAGCAAUUUCUGUCAUCGGAGGGAUCUUGCGCCAUAAAGAAGGAAACCUUCUAGCAGAAUGGAAGAAGGUAAAUAUGAGUUUGAGGCAUGGAGAAGGUGUUGAAGAAUACAAAAGAGUAAAACAGGUGCUGGAGUUGAGCUAUGAUGCCUUACCAUAUUACUUGAAGCCAUGCUUCCUCUAUUUAGCAUGUUUCCCUAAGGAUGAGGAGAUAAAAACAGAGAGAUUGUAUAGACUGUGGAUGGCGAAAGGCUUCAUUUCUAUCCAAGAUAAAGGGCCUAGUGAGACCCUUAGAGACGUGGCCGAGAGAUACCUAACCCAACUUGCUACGAGGUUUAUGGUUCAAGUCCAGAAAGGCAAGACUCAUUCUCCACUUCACAAAUUUGAAUCGUGCCGACUUCACGAUUCAAUGCAUCAUCUCUGCUCAUCAAAAGCUCAAGAAGAAGAACUAGAGCGCAUUGAUAUACACUCAUCAAUCUGCAAUUCCAUGAGCAGAUUGGCCAUUAGCGUUAGAUCCUUGUGCAAAGGUGGAGUUUCUUUCGAAAGAAUUGGCAUCGAAGAUAGCGUUGAGAGGUCGUCGUGUUCGAGGAUACUUGACUUUGAGGGCGAGAAGUUACCAAGAAAGGUGCGUAAACUAAUCCAUCUAAGACACUUGAGUUUGAGCAGCGUGAGAGAGCUGCCAAAGUUUGUAUGCAGCAUGCCAUACCUGCAGACUUUAGAUCUGCGAGCAUCGUGUAUGAAAUUGCCUAAUGUGAUUUGGAAGAUGAAGAGACUAAAGCAUCUGUUUCUCCCAAGCAUGAUGGAAGUGAUUGGAGGAGAGAAACUAAGACUAGAUGGGCUGGAUGAGCUCGAGGCAUUACAAGAUAUCUACAGCAGCAGUGGCAGCAUUGAGGAUAUCCCUAAAUUGAUCAGCCUACAGGAACUCUCUGCCACAGUUUUCGACGCGGAUAGCCUCUCAGCUGUAGCGCAGCACAUGAUGAGCAGCAACGGCAGAAGAAGCAGAUCAUCAUCGCGUCUUGUGGUCGCCCUAUGCGAUUUCAGUUGGGAUUUUUUCAAGAAUGUGUUGAUGUGUCCUUCGUUGGUGAGCUUGAGGGUCUCGGACUGCAACAGCAACGGUGUUUUCCCAUGCUACGAGGAAGGGAUGGGCGAGAAUCUAGUGGACUUGAACAUCCAGUAUUGCAGUGUUGGGGGAGAAGACGUGAUGGUGAUGGAGGAGUUGGGGAAGUAUCCGAUGUUGCAAUCUCUGUGGUUGCAAGGAAUGGAAGUUGGGGGAAAGACAGAAACAUUGAUUUUCAGUUCAAACUCGUUCGCGCAGCUCGAGUGCCUUGAUCUCCACAAGCUGCACGGUUUAAGGAAAUGGGAAGUGGAAGAAGGAGCAAUGCCAAGACUUGCUAAGUUGGUGAUCCGAAGUUGCUGGAAUCUGGAGAAGGUUCCGAAUGGUUUGAGAUUCAUUGUCACGCUUCGACGACUGAAUAUUUUCAAGAUGCCAAAAGAAUUCAAUGACAGAAUAAGGAUAGGAGGAGAGGAUUAUGGCACUGUCUCUCACAUACCAUUCUUGUAUAUCUAUGGUUUGUGAGGAUUUUUUUAGUAAGCUCUCAAAAAAUAAAUGUUAGAGAAAAGCAGGCUUCUGGCGAAUUAAUUUGUUACAUUAU